AUGGCGGAAGGGCUCUUCCGUGAAGCUGUCAUACUCCAUGACCGAAGUGUGCUGUUGGGUAACAAUACAAAGGGAUAUGACAGUUCUAGUGCGCCCCGCAUCGACCUUGGACGCCAGAAGGGGGAGAUUGAGGGAAGAGGAGGGGUCUCGAAGCACCCUCUCCCCCUACCCGCGCAACGCCCUAACGUCUGCUACCCGUCCCCCCCCCCCCGCCCGCCCCACGCCCCGCGCGGGGCGGGACGGGACGGGACAGACGGACGGACGGAGGGCCCCCCCGAGCAGCGUGGCCAGCCCGCCCCUCUGGCAGCAGCGGGAGCCUCACUGCGCCCUCGCCCCACGCUAAUGCGAUCUGGAGAGACCCCGGCGGGCGGCGGGCAGUCUGGGCCUAGCGUCCCCGGCAGCGCUGAUGGAUGGUCCCCUGACAGCGGCGGCCCAGCUAAAGUUCACAGCGCCCGGGGAGGACCCGCCCCCGCCUCCCCUCCCCCAGGCCGGCCCCGGCCCCGGCCCAGACCCGCCCGCGGGCCCUGCCGCCCGAGCCAAGCCGAGGCCCCACCCGCCCCCGAGCUGUUCCAAAGGAAACCAGACAGCCAAGCGGCCUCGGGCCGAGAGGCUCCAUCACAACCCCGGCUUGCGGUCCGCGGGGCCUCCCCUCGCUCGCCUCCCUCCGCCGGAGACUGCAUGGCCUCCCAGCCCGAACCCCCGGCCCCUCCGCCAUUCCGCAGGUGUGCGGCCGUCUUGGCCUAG